UCGCAGUCUCGUUUACAAAUGUCAAAACUCAGUCAGCUAACAUUACUUUACAGGAACCCCAAUAUCACCAGACUUCAGGUUAUGCGCACUAAAGACAGGCGGAGCUACGGCGUCUCGCACGCUCCAAAAUACAUCAGGACUUUUACAGUAGGAUAAUUCCUUGGAUUGGAGUGCAGAAGACGAUCAAACGUGCAUUUAGAAAUGUAAUAUUAAAAAAACAUAGACACAAAUAUAAUCAAUGAAAUAACCAAUAGCGAAACAGAGUUAAGUCGCCAGUGUGUAGCCUAUGGCAAUCCGUCUCUGUAUCCUAGCAACGACCGAUGUGUCGCUCAACAGCUUAACGUUAGUUAGCGAGCUCUAGCUGCUGUUGGGCUAUAUACACGGUUUUCCAGGAUAUUUAAAUGUAAUACGGCUAUUAAUUUGCACUUUUUUUCAGAAAGCAAACUGAUCUGCUAACCAGAUGGACAACGUGCAUCUUGUCCCAGAGGAAGAGGAGGAUGAUUUGUAUACUGGCUACAAUGAUUACAAUCCGACUUUUGACGGAGAGGACCUUCACAAUGAUGAGGGCUUUCAGCAGGCAGUCAGGACUAGUCAUGGCAGAAGACCACCAAUGACCGCAAAAUAUCCUGGCACUGCCAUUGGAGGGCGACCGAUUGGAACAGCUUAUGGCUCUCGGAUGCCUGUUGGCACUGCUAUGGGAAGGCCUAUGACUGGAGCUGUUCAGGAUGGUGCGGCUCGUCCCAUGACUGCAGUGCGAGCAGCAGGAUAUUCGUCAUCUAUAGCUAGAGGCUCAGUGUUUGAUCCACUGGGACAAUCAAAAGGACCGGCCCCUCCAUUAGAAACAAGGAAUGAAGACACUCCAGAGGAAAAGAUAAAGAUCCUCGAAAAGAAGGUGAAUGAUUUGAUAGAGGAGAGCUGUCUCGCUCAUGCUCGUGGGGAUCUUCAGCUGUCUUUAGAGAAAGCCAAGGAGGCUGGCAGGAAGGAAAGGGCUUUGGUGAGACAGAGAGAACAAACAGGCACUGCAGACCACAUCAAUCUGGAUCUGACCUACUCCGUGUUGUUUAAUUUAGCAAACCAAUAUGCCAAUAAUGACAUGUACACCGAGGCCUUGAACACUUACCAAGUCAUUGUGAAGAACAAAAUGUUCAGUAAUGCCGGACGAUUGAAAGUGAACAUGGCAAAUAUCUAUUUUAAGCAAAAGAACUACACAAAGGCAAUCAAAUUUUACCGCAUGGCUUUGGAUCAGAUCUCAAAUGCCCACAAUGCAAUGAGGAUCAAGAUCAUGCAGAACAUUGGAGUUGUGUUCAUACAUAUGGGCCAGUACUCCGAUGCCAUCACAUCCUUUGAGUACAUCAUGAGUGAGAACCCCAACAUUAAGACAGGCUUCAACCUCAUCCUAUGUUACUAUGCCAUUGGAGACCGUGAGAGGAUGAAAAAAGCUUUUCAGAAACUCAUUUGUGUGCCUCUCGGUAUUGAUGAUGAUGACAAGUAUAUUCCUCCAAAUGAUGACCCUCAUGCAAACAUGGUGAUUGAGGCUAUAAAGAACGAUAAGCUUCACCAAAUGGAAAGGGAGAGGAAAGCACUAGCAGAAAAAUACAUUAUGACCUCAGCCAAAUUUAUCGCUCCAGCCAUUGAGUCGUCAUUUGCAGCUGGGUUUGACUGGUGUGUGGACAUGGUGAAGGGUUCACAAUACGUGGAGCUUGCAAAUGACUUGGAGAUCAAUAAAGCUAUUACAUACUUAAGACAGAGGGACUUCAGACAGGCUGAGGCAGUCGAGACGCUAAAGAUGUUUGAGAAGAAGGACAGUCGGGUAAAAAGUGCUGCUGCCACUAAUCUUUCUUUUCUUUACUUUUUGGAAAAGGAUUAUGACCAGGCUGACCGCUAUGCUGAACUUGCCAUGAGUGCCGACCGCUACAACCCUGCUGCCCUCGUUAACAAAGGCAACACAGAAUUUGUGAAGGAGGACUAUGAGAAAGCAGCAGAGUUUUAUAAGGAGGCUCUUCAUAAUGACUCGUCCUGCACUGAAGCUCUUUAUAACUUAGGUUUGACCUAUAAGAGGCUGGGUAGACUGGAGGAAGCCCUGGACUGCUUCCUCAAACUGCAUGCUAUCCUCAGAAACAGUGCUCAGGUCAUGUACCAGCUGGCUAAUCUAUAUGAGAUGUUGGAGGACCCUCAUCAGGCCAUUGAAUGGCUGAUGCAGCUCACAAGUGUGACCCCCACAGAUGCUCAGGUGUUGGCCAAACUGGGAGACCUUUAUGAUAAUGAAGGAGACAAGUCUCAGGCCUUCCAGUACUAUUAUGAGUCGUAUAGGUAUUUUCCCUCAAAUAUUAGUGUCAUUGAAUGGCUGGGAGCAUAUUACAUUGACACCCAGUUCUGUGAAAAAGCUAUUCAGUACUUUGAGAGAGCAACCCUCAUUCAACCGACACAGGUGAAGUGGCAGCUGAUGGUGGCUAGCUGUUACAGGAGAAGUGGGAAUUAUCAGAAGGCACUUGAGACCUACAAGGACAUUCAUCGGAAAUUUCCUGAAAAUGUCGAAUGUCUACGCUUCCUAGUCAGGCUGUGCACAGAUAUGGGACUAAAAGAGGUGCAGGAUUAUGCCACCAAACUCAAGAAAGUUGAAAAAAUGAAGGAGAUCAGAGAGCAGAGGGUGAGAUCUGGGAGGGACAGCAGUGCUCGAGGCCGCAGGGAAGGCAGCGCUGGCAGUGGAAAUACUUCAAACCUUACACGCACUCUCCCUAAGAAACCCAGUGAUGUGGAUCUCUUGUCAGGUGAUGUCCAGUUAUCAGGUUCAGGCAGUGCUGGGUUCAAAGGAUGCGGCUCAAACCCCAAGAAGCCCAGUGGGAGCAGCUCAAGCCCCAUCAAUACCCCUCCUCUGAGAGCCAGUGUUUCUCGCUCAGAAGCUAAGUAUAGUCCUUUGCUGGAGCAGGGCAGAGACAGUGGACAGAGCAACCAUGGCACCAGUGCUAAGGGUGAGAGGCUUAGCGUUAAACUGAAAACUCUUCCAGGGUCCAAUGAGCCCUAUGAGGCCAGCACUCAGCAGGAAAUAGAUGCUUCGUAUGUCGAUCCUUUGGGGCCUCAAAUGCAGGGACCAAAAACUGCAGCAAGGAAACGCACUGAGGAAGACGAGUUUGCUGAUGAAGAGCUGGGAGAUGACUUACUGCCUGAGUGAUGUGUGCAACAGUUAUCAAUUCAGUAGAAAAUCUGAUAUAUAUCAAGGCACUAGAUUUUUCUGUAUUUUAUAGCACUGUAUUUUUAGUAGUACUAAAAAUACCAGUUCUUCAUGCCCAGGGAUUUUAUAUCUCAUUGCAUUAUGCUUUACUAUAUUUUGUAAUAGUAGUGCAUUGUGUGUGUAUAUGUAUAAUUACAUUUAGAAAAAAAUACAGCUUAUUCAAAAUUAUUUAAUUCAUUUUGUGCAUUGAAAUGUAAAGAUAUCAACUUUUGUAUGCCCUGCAAACAGUGAAGCUAAAGACAUUGUAAGUGUGAAAUAUUAAAGCACAGUAUAAGACUUUUCUUUGGAAUCUGAUGAUU